GGGACAGCGGCUUUCAUGGUGCCAGCUGAGCUUCAGGUCAGACACCGAGCAGCUUUGGGAGUUUUCAGAUCCGCAAAGCGAGGAAAAGUUUUGACAAGCGAACCUGCGUGCGGCUUCUGACAGCAGCAGCUCAGCGUUCAGCCUCAGCCCGUGUGUGGAGAGCUUCUGCGGGUGAGAGGCUGUACAAUCCUCGGCAGUGUUCUGAGACUGUGCGGCCCCGAUACCCCUCCAACCCCCCCACCACCCCCACCCCCCUCCAGCCUGGACGGUCACAGUCCGCCUGGUUUCAUGGACUAACCGACAGUUCACAUGUUUAAUGACAUUAUCUGUCAGAGGGCUCCUUCUGACCAGCGCACCUCGAGUACCAACACGUUUCACUUGUCUUGACUCUAAAGUUGGACCUAACUUUGCCGGGGAAUUACAACAUUGUUAUCGUGCAUAAGCGACAACAUGACGGCCGAAAAGGAGAAAAAGAGGAGCAGUUCAGAGCGGCGUAAGGAGAAGUCUCGGGACGCAGCCCGCUGCCGGCGCAGCAAAGAGACUGAGGUUUUCUAUGACCUUGCUCACCAGCUGCCUUUACCCCACAGUGUCAGCUCUCACCUGGACAAGGUCAUCAUGAGGCUGGCUAUCAGCUUCCUGCGCACACGCAAGCUGCUCGCCACAGGCUGUAGCAGCGGCAGCGGCGGUGACGAGGACAGACAGAUGGACAGUCUGUACCUGAAGUCUCUGGAGGGCUUCAUCACCGUGGUAACAUCUGACGGCGACAUGAUAUUCCUGUCCGAGAACAUCAACAAAGUCAUGGGGCUCACUCAGGUGGACCUUACUGGUCACAGCAUCUUUGACUUCACCCAUCCAUGUGACCAUGACGAGAUCAGAGAAAAUCUCAGCCUGAAGACAGCUGGCAGUGGCUUUGGUAAAAAAAGCAAAGAGCUAAGUACUGAGCGAGAUUUCUUCAUGCGGAUGAAAUGCACAGUGACCAACAGAGGACGCACUGUCAACCUCAAGUCAGCCAGCUGGAAGGUUCUGCAUUGUACUGGACACCUCAAGAUGUACAACAGCUGCCCUCCGCGAGGCCUGUGUGGCUUCAAAGAGCCUCCGCUCACCUGCGCUGUCCUGAUGUGCGACCCCAUCCCACACCCGUCCAACAUCGACACGCCUCUGGACAGCAAAACCUUCCUGAGCAGACACAGCAUGGAUAUGAAGUUCACCUACUGUGAUGAGAGGGUAACAGAGUUGAUGGGAUACACCGCUGAGGAUCUGCUGGGUCGCUCAGUCUAUGACUUUUACCACGCCCUGGACUCAGACAGCGUCACCAAGAGCCACCACAACUUAUGUAAUCGUGGGUCAGCAGUCAGUGGUCGGUAUCGUAUGCUGGCGAAGAACGGAGGCUACGUCUGGGUAGAAACCCAGGGAACUGUCAUCUAUAACAGCCGCAACUCCCAGCCCCAGUGCAUCGUGUGCAUAAACUAUGUCCUCAGCGACAUUGAGGAGAAGUCGAUGAUUUUCUCCUUGGAGCAGACAGAGUCCCUGUUCAAGCCAUGCCACAUGAGCAGCUUCUUCAACGCUGGAGGUGAAGGCGUGGCCGGAGAGGCGGGAGAUGCCCUCUUUACCAAACUCAAAAAGGAGCCGGAGGACCUCGCCCAGCUGGCUCCAACACCUGGAGAUACAAUCAUCAGCCUCGACUUCCGCCGCACUCACUUCGAGGAGCCCCAGCAGCCAGCUGGAUACGCACAGGCGCCUGCUGCAUCUAUGCCCCCUCCGGAACCUCCAUCCUGGGCCAGCGAGAGCCACAAGCUUGCCCCUCCAUCAGGCCAAAUCUCUGCACCAGUUCCAAGGGACAUGGUUACCAUGGCCAGUACGUUCACUGUGCAGCGGAAUCCGCCACCGGGCAGCGCCACUCCGAGCCUCAGCAGCUGCUCCACGCCCAGCAGCCCAGGUGAUUACUACAGCUCAGUGGAGAGUGACCUGAAGGUGGAGCUGACAGAGAAGCUGUUUGCUCUCGAUACGGAGAGCAACAACAGUCCUGCAAACACGGAGAGAGACUUGAGUGACUUAGAUUUGGAGACUUUGGCUCCGUACAUCCCAAUGGAUGGUGAGGACUUCCAGCUGAAUCCCAUCAUCCCAGAAUCCGAGCCCCUGGAGGGAGGUCCCGGAGGAUCCAUGGGGAGCAGCAGCAGCCUGACCCAAACACACAAGGCCACGCUGCAGAGUUUCAGCAACAUUGUCAGCCUCUUCCAGCCCUUGUCCUCCCCUCCUCAGUCCCAAGGCCACUACCAGCACCAGCCAGCUGCAUCCUGGGCUGCAAGGGAGAAGAGAGGCUCCAGCCAGGGGUCCGUGGACCCCUGUGCAAGGUCUUGCAUUAUGGGGCAAAUGCAGAGUCCCCCGUACCGGGCUCCAGCCAGCACCCCACUGUCCUCCAUGGGUGGGAGGCAGAACCUGCAGUGGCCACCAGACCCUCUGUUAACCUACCAACAGCAACCACGAGCCACCAAGGCCUACCUGAUGGACGCUUUGUCAGGAGAGGAGCGCCUGCCCUGUCAACAGAACACGCCACAUCUCAUGCAGAAAUAUAGGUCGGCUGACAAUUUUGUUCAAGCCUACAGAGACAUGAGUCCAGCCAGAGUGGCCAUGGCCAACAGUAUCAAGCGCUCCUUUACCCAGAUGUCUGUGGGUGAAAAUAAGCCAUCGGAAAUCUGGAAGAAGAUGAGGAUUGAUGGUUGUGUCGCCAUGGAUCGCUCCCUCAGCACAGGAUCACUGGCAGAGUCGGGGAUGGGAAGGAUGAUGCCAGGCAGCAUGUCUUCCUGUCUCAGCUCUCUGCCGCAACACAGGAAGUGUCAGUAUCCAGAAAAUGGGAUAGCUGGUGCACAUGAGAAACCUGUUCCCCAAAAGAGCUACAACUACACACAGUAUAACAUGCUGGCUUCUACCAAGACUGAGGGUAUAGUCAGCCGUUUGCUGGGCACUUCCUUUGAGUCCUCCUGCCUGCCAGAGUUGACCCGUUAUGACUGUGAGGUCAACAUCCCGCUGCAGGGCAACCUGCACCUCCUUCAGGGCUGUGACCUACUGCGAGCCCUGGACCAGGCCACCUAGAGCCCCGGAUUCAAACCCCGCCAUAGACCCAACUUACUCCCAGCCCUGAGUCUCAACCUGCAGCCUGAGACUUAAGCCUUUCUUUACAUUCAUACCUAUGGGCCUUCUGAGAGCACUGAUGUUAGGCUACCUAUAGGGAAUGGUAUGCAAAACCAUAUCCUGUCCAAUUAAUGUUAUUUGGUCAGCCCCACACUCUGUCCUUUUUUAUAGCUCUGUACCUAAACCAUCUAAACAAGCUAAGAGAUCAGGGCUACUUGCAUCCCUUUACCCCCAAGCUCUGGACAAGAUGCUGAGGUUGACCGCCAUUGUAUAAAAGUUGACCUGCAUUGAGCCACCCACAUACACAUAGAAGCUAACAUGGGUCACUUGGUGAAAAAAGGUAAACAUGGGACAAAAUGAUGCAACACCUGUGUCACUAAGUCUUGACACUGGGAUUUAGCGCCGGUCAUCGGGUCAGCUCUGUGUUUGGUGUUCAGGCUGAACUCGGGCCUAUGGUGUAAAGGGGUAUUAGCAGCGUGGGAUUUAAACACACACAACCUGCCUUAAAGGCCAGCUCUGCGGUUUCUUGCCAAGGCUUAGCAAGGUGGGAAUCCAUGGCCUGGCUACAUAUAGUUAUGGGAUUCAAACCUACAACCUGUAUCUUAUCCAGACCCACACCCUGGUAUGACCUCUAUUGCCAGCCCUACCUUCUCUUUAUCAACGUAUUUAGCUCAGACGAGAAGAUGUUAGUACCUACACAUCAACAGAGACACUGUGUUCUUUCACUUUGUGUUUUUGACCAGCAGUUAAAACCAGCCCACGUUUGUAGUUUCACUCAAAGCUUCAAGCAAGAGUUGGGUGUCAUGAGGGGGUUGUGACUUGUAGCCAUCAAAUGUAUAAGUAGGCUCAUUAAUUCUGCUUACUGACCCCCCCCCUCCCACCCAAGAAACAUAAUCACUGCAGUGCAAUAUGCUGGACCAGAGCACUUUAAAGCGUGGCUAAAUGUAACAGCUGUGGAAAAAUAAUUAAUGGUUGGUAGUAUGGAGUCACAACUUCUUUGGCUUGCUACUUGCGUACGUGGCAAGAUAGAGAAUUUCUUUUGCAUAAAACACUUAAUGGUAUAUGGCAAGUCUGCUUAAGAUAAAAGGACCAGGGCAUGAUGAGAAGCAGAAUCAUAAUCAAAAAUGAUACCCAGCUCUGCUCAAGCGUUUCCCACAUAUACAGUCAUCAAACCUGCCUCUUCUUGCCUGAGUCACUGUAACAUCAUCAACCGCUGUGUUUAAAUAACAAAGUAGCGCAGUGUGAUGAUUCUCACAACAACUGGUUUACAAUAGCAUUCAAUCUGUUUGGGUCAACCUUCAAUGAUGCUUUUUUAUUGUUGUUUUAGUUCUUAUAAUAAGUAUAAUUAUUACUUUAUUGAAUUGAGACAUUUUAGCUUUUAUCAGAUCUCCCCACAUUAUUCAAUCCAAAUCGAUGGGGCACUUUACCAUAUCAAUUAUUCCCUCUCGCAUUUAUUUUUACUCUACCUACCAGAUUAUUAUGUGUGUCCAACUCAGACACACUAAUAAACAUAUUGCAAUGCAUCUACUCUACUGUAAGAAUAUAACGCUUUGUUUUUCUUUAUUCCAUCUUCUCUUCUUAAACAUUGUUUCUCUCAUGCUUGUUUUUUUUCUGUCAGGUAUGUAGAUUGUGUGACUACAGGGUUUUUUUUUAUUGUGCAAUUAUUUCAUUAAGCUAAAGCUUAUAUAGUCAGAAACAAAGCUAGCCUUAUUCACCAAUCGGAUAGCUUGUACAAAAGGUCUGACCUGCACACACUGAAAGAGUUUAUGUGAUUACAAUAUUGUGAGCUUACACACACAAACACACACACUUUACGCAUAUAGACAACCAUAUAAAAACAGUGGUGUACACAAAUAUCUAAGGAGCUGGUAUGAGGAAGAAAAAGGGGCACCUCUCCUGCAAGUUUAAUUUAAGGUUUAAAGUGUUGUAGGCUGCUUAACAAGAGAUUACAUGUACUUUUGCUAGUUUUGCUGACCUUUGUCAAAUGCAGACUAUGCAAUUUUAUGUUUUUUUCUACCCUUCCAGGCAGACAUUGGUUUUCAUUUAUUUCUGUGUAGUAUUAAAAUCAAUUAGCAGAAUUUUGAAACUUGCUUGAGUUGUGUAAUGCAUCAUAGUUGCAUAGUUUUUGGGUCAAAGUUACAAUAUUUGUGUGUGGCAAUGCUUGAUUUGAAAAGUCUGCACUGCAUUUCCUGAUUGAUUUGAUUUAAUUAAUAAUUCUAAAUACUUUAACACUGUAGGCCCGCAACAAAGAUUUUUUUUCGUUAUCAAUUAAUAUGCCUUGGAUUGUCUAUAAAAAUUUACAAAAAUAGUGAAAACUUAUUGAGAGGCAGCAAGUUCAGAUGUCUUGUUUUAUCUGACAAUCAGUCCUAAGCACAUUAUACUGUCCUGUACACGGUCUAAAGUCCUAAGAUAUUCAGGAAUCCUAUAUGGCAAAGAAACAUAUGAUGAUAGCAGAGCAUCUACGUUUACAUGUUCAAAGCUUCAUAUUUGAAAUCAAGCUAUAAAUUAUUUGAGACAUCUUGCGUAACUAUAUUCUAAACUAUGUCAUUCAUGUCCAUGUAGUACAAAAAUGUAUAGAAACUAAUGUCUGCCUGGAAUGGAAGAAAACAAUUCUAAACCGCAGCAACAUGGUUUGCAGAAUGGUUCACUGUAUUGUAAAGUAUGAGUUAGAUUUAUAGUAAAUGGGCUGAACUUGCAAAGUCACUGAAAUGCCCUCUAAGCUAAAAAGGGGGAUAUUUGGGAUGUAUAAUGGGCAUUUGAAUGGGCUAAUCAGAAGUGCAAUAGGGGGGGGGGUCGUAAGUCACUUUGGCUGAUCAGAGUUCCACUUAGUAGAGAUUGAGUUGGUAUUUGGGCUCAUCAGAGAAUGGGGUUACAUGAGCAGCUCUAGCAGCCUCUAUAGCCCCACUGGUGUGAUAUUAGGGCAAAGAUUAAUCCACUUUUCUGGAGCAGGAAGGGCAGUGGAGGUCGCUCCCCACACCCACUUUGCACACCACUGCACAAACCAGACAGUGUAAGGCUAGAUGACAGAAGCAACUGCAUAAUCACGUACUCAUUCAGACUAUACAUAUGUACAUAGCAGCAGCAGCAGCAGCCUGUGAAGUGACUUGAAUGUGGAGUGUAUGUAUGUAUUCUUUAGGAUUAGGACAAGGCCAGUUUUUUCUUUAUAAUUAACGACAUGCAGUAGCUGCCAAUAUCAGAGCGCUUUGAUACAGAAUAUUAUUAGUCGUCCUAAUACACAGUGGACUAAGAUUAAGGAUUCAGGAUUUUUAAUUUCAAACUAGAAACUAAUUUUCACCCCAGUCAUGUCAGUAAUAUCAUCAACAGUAUGCCUUCAGUGAAAACACGUUCUCACAAUAUUUCCUAAUCUAAUUAGUUUUUUUUCCAGGUAAUUGUCUUUGUGUGACCACUUUUUGAGUAUCAGUUAUAGAGCUUUGUACACAUAUACGUUAUGUAUUUAAAAAGACAAAACUAAUGUUGAAGAUAGUGUUUUUAGUGUUUGUGUUCUGGUACUUUGUCCUUAUCUACCCCUGUAGAUGCAGAUCGAUCAGAUCCCCACACAGUGCUGUUUCCUCUCGUGCUGUUUCCGUGUUGUGGUAUUUUUUUUUUCCCUUCAUUGUUUUAUCCUUAAAUACCCUUAAUAUCUUAUCCCUAAAAAUAUCUAUUGAAUCUGUCGACUGGACAGUACUGUUGUUGUUCUUGCUUUAAGACAAAAAAAUAACAGGAAAAGAGUUCAGAUUAAAGAUGAAAAUCAGUUUUCUAAGUUUCACUUUUCAGAUAUGUAGCAUUUUGAACAUUGUUAAGAAGGUGAAGUUGCCACAUAAUCACAUAGUUUUCCAGUUGCAUAUAUAAAAGCAAAGGUGCUUCAUUGACCAUGUAUGCGUCAUUUUUAGAACUUUUAUUACAUCUCUUUGAUCCACUAAUACUAUAUUUUGAUGUUCUCUGCUGUAUGUCAUGCUGAAAGUUUAUUUUAAAUCUAUAUAACGUGCCUUAUAAUGACUUCAUUGUUGUUCAACGCCUACUGACUUUGCCCUUCAAGUGCACAGUUUGUUCCCUUCAACCUGUAACAUAAAUAACUCUGGGGGUGAUUUUUAAUUAAAUCCUAACAUGAUAUUGUAUCCCAUGUAAAAGUUAAACGAACUGGAAAAGAUCCCAAAUUAAGUGAUACAACAUCACAGUUAGGAUGUUUUUCCACAAUAACCCCUGAGGUCCUGUUAACAGAUCCUCUAUAGCCUCAUCGGAUACAUUAAUUUAGAUCAAGAUUCAAGUAGAACCCUACAAGAACUCCAUGUAGAUCCCCUGGUGAUGAAGAGAAAAUUUGUUGAACGGUUUUUAAGGUAAUAAUUUCCUAGCUCAUCAAAUGACCUGACAGUCUGUUGAUGAGGGGUUUUAGGUUUAGGUGAAAAAGAUUUGACUGUACAGUAAGAGUUUUCCUGGAAGGGUCACAGGUUAGAGGGGACAGUAGUGUCCGACCAAGUUCAUGCUUUGCUUUUGCAGAUUGCUUGAUACAGAUGUUAAGAGUCCAUUACUAUCACUCGGCAAACCAAAUUUUCCUGACUUUUAUUUGGAUAUAUAGCUUUUUAUUUGAAUAAACAUGCUGCACAAUGUGCUUUUAAGAUGCAAAUGAUGUGAGUGGUGCUUAAAAGUGUUAGAUUAAGAUUACAAGCAGAUACCUCCUCUAGCAGUUUGGUCAUCUGUGACUUGACCGUGUAGAUAAUACAGUUUAAAAUGAAAGCUAUUCAAUUUCUCAUGAAUGCCUCGUGUAUAGGAGAGACACCAAUAAAAUGAAAUUCAUAAUUUUACGAACUGCCCCAUAUUUAUGGUUUUUGCCAUUAGUUCUACUAGCUACUAUCACAUUUUGGACCAACUCCAUUGCAGAGACAUAGGAAUGAAGUAAAAUAUCAUGAUUUAGAAGCUUAGGUUACAACCAAAUCUGCAGUUUAACUAUAUUACAGUAUCUGAACUACUUUUUUGGAUGGAAAAACGUGAUCUUAAAAGGAGACCUAUUAUACUGCUUUUCCAGUCCAAGUUCAUAAAUUAAAUUUUUGUGAAGAUUAAAUCCAGGUUGUAAAAAAAAAACAAGCCACCUGGGCCACAAGAUGUUUAAUAGGACUGGAGAGGAGCAUUUCCCUGAGAGGGGAUGUAGGCAGAGAAACAGUUUGAACAAUUAUGAAGAUAUGAAAAUAACUGAUGUCGAGCUGAGGGACACAUCUUGCUCAGCCUGCCCACUGACGCAUAUCUCUCAACUCCUCCACUCGACAGAUUACUCAUCUGUUUCUACUCUCACUCCCCUCUUAAUUUUUUGGAAAUUCAAACAAAAUUUGGUUUUCUCUCCUAAUGUUAGCAAUUACUUGAGACAAGAGGCAAUUUUUUCAUUACUCAAAUUAAAAGUUCUUCUUAUUUCAAGGUGAAAAGCCUGCAAAUUGAGCUAUUCCUAUUUGUAAGAUAAUGUAUAGUAUUUAAAAAAACUUGUUAUGUUUUAAAUUCGGAUUUCUGAUUAUAGAAAUCAAAGUUUGUUAGAUUAGGUUUCCAGAAAAGCACCUUAAGCAUGUUUUUAAAUAUUGUCAGAUUUACAGUCAAAUAUAAAACUAUUCUUUAACAGUCCCAGUUGUAUGUUAAUCUCAUGGGACCAAAGAGGUUUUAGGAUUAUAUUACAUGUUCUGAAACAUGCAAAUGGACUUUUUAGCAACUGAUGAGAUUUGAACCAAAUUGUGUUAAUGUAUGUGGAUAGAGUUGGCCAGAUGGAAGUUGAUUUUAAAAAUACAAAUCUAGGCAGAAGGGAAGUCCUGCACCCCAUUUUAAGCUAGCUUCUGCUCCACUAGCCAAGGCAAGACAAUUUAAAAUAAAAAGUUUUUAGAAAUAAAUGUAUACACCUAGUCAUUUAACCAAGAUAAAACAACAAUUAUUUUGUAGCAUUUAAAAACUACACCUCUGAGUCCUUAAAGUAUCUUAGAGGUAUCAUAUCCUAACAUUGUUUUAUCUUUGCUAAAAUAAAAUGUGAAAAUGUCACUGCUUAAGUGUGCCAUUAGAUUACCUUAGAAUAUGAAAACCCCAGAAACUAGACAGAAGAGAGACAACUCAGAGAAUCCAUUAAAACGCAAAUGCUAGUAGCACAGAUGCUAACCUAAAAACGGGUGGGGCUUCAGCUCUCUAUUUAAAGCCUAGAAGGCUUAUCACCAGUCGUAGUGCUCAACAUACUGUGCUGCUUGAAGGGUUUCCCCCAAAACAAAAAAGUGUCAGGAGUCAGUCGACUCCUUCAUUGCACUUCCUCUUUAAAAAACAAUAAAGCAUUUUGUCUUGUGUCUCGUGUAACAGGGUUUUUGUUUUUCCUUAUGGGAUCCAUGUUCAGCUAUUUGUAUUCUGUUUUGUCAAUGUCAUACAGUAAUGUUAUAUUAGCUAGUUCUGUAUUUUUUUUAAAUAAGCUAAAAAUAUUGAACUUAUUAUUAUCAUAUAUUGUUAUUACUAUAUGGGGAACUCAACCCAAUAAGAAGUUUGUGUUUCUGCACUGAUAUCUUAUUAUUAAAGCAUACUGAUCUUAUCCUCCCUCA